AUAAAAACACUUCCCCCCCCCCUCCCCCUCCCCAGGCACCGUCGCGAGCGGCUGGAUGGGCCUGUGCUGGGGCCGGAACAGGCUGAGCCCCGUGGAGACCAGCGGCCACAGGUUCACGUCGGUGGUGGUCACAGGGGUAACGGGCCUCGUGCAGCUGUUUACCGUCACCUUCUUCCUCGUGGGCUGGUUCUGGGGCGUGGCUUGGGGCAUCCUCCUGGUCUCCAUAGCGAGUGAGUAUAAAUACGCCAAUUUCCUCUCGGAGCACCGCACAUCCCUGACGGGCGCUGUCACCUUAGAGAUGCUGACAGUCAACGCCAGCUGAGGCCUCUUUCGACUGACACUUGUGACGUCAGUGAUCCUUGUUCAUCCCUGACCUGUUUAUCUCCGACUUUCCGUGACGUCCUCCUCCCAUCCUGGUGAGACGGGAUGAGAGGAGAUAAAGAAAGGAAGGAAAAAGAAUAGAUGAAUAAAGUGAAAAAGGGUAUUUUUUUAUGAGAAGAGAUAGAGAGAGAAAAAGAAAAUGAGGAGUAAUAUGGAAGGAGAUGAACAGAGAUAAAAGGAGAUAACGAGAAAGCCAAUGUGAGGAGAUAAACAGAGAAUAAAGAAAACGAAAAAAAUAUAUAUGAUGGGAGAAGAGAUAAACAGAGAGAAAAAGAAUACGUCAAAUGACAUGAAAAACACGAAUGUUGUCUGCCAAAUUAAAUGCCCGUAUUGUCUUAGACUUUUAGAUGAAGAAAUGGACAGUGAUUUUAGAAGUAGAACCGUUACCUUGUGUCUUAUUAUCUUCAUGGUCUCUAGACACAUAGAUAUGUAUUGUGGAUAGUUUUUUUUUGUGUAUCUACAUGUGUGAAAAAUAUUUAUACGCAAAAUUAUAAGAAGGAUUGGAAGUUUUUGUAAGCUUUCCCGGCAAGUGAAGGAAUUUUUCGAUGUUCUCCUGACGUACUUUUAAGCAUCUUACACAAACAGGCGUGCACACACACUCACUCACAGGCGCACUUACACACACAAACUUACAUACAUACAUACAUACAUACAUACAUACA